GUGCGAGAGCACAUGACUUGUAUUGCAGUAUAAACAUUUAGGCGAACCACGUGAUAAGACCCCUUUUGUUACUGGGUCUACAUCAACCCGGCAACAUCCGACCGCUGCUCAGUUGAGUUCUCCGCUUCGAUCCAACCACUUGAUUCAGGCUGUAGGAUAGCAGUGACAAUAAAUCAAGAUGGCAGAUCCAGUGACUACCCUGACAUCCGACGAGGUUGCAGCGAUUAAGAGUUCGUGGAGCGCCGUCUACGACAAGAAGAAAGAAAGCGGAGUGACAUUAUUCGUAAAGCUAUUUACCGAGAAUCCUAGCUUCAAGUCGCAGUUCGGCUAUAUGUCUGGUGUUGCUGAUGGUGAUAUGAAGACGUUGCCAGCCCUGGAAAACCACGGUGUAAAGGUGAUGGACAGAAUCAACGAGUGGAUGGGAAAUUUGACCAAUGGAGCCGAACUGGUGAAACAACUCAAACAUCUCGGAACGACUCACAUUGCUCUUAAAGUUACCGAAGACAACUUUAAUGCUAUGGACUCAGUUCUGAUGUACACACUCCAAGAACAAGGCGGCAGUGCUUUCACACCGGCUGCAAAGGCUGCCUGGCAGAAAGCAUGGGGUGUGAUGAAAUCCGUCAUCGUGGGCGCAUUGAAAGGCUGAUAACUUGGUAGAACAUAAUCCAAGGCAUUGUUUUAUUAACAUUUUUGUUAUAAAUUUAAAUAGUGGAAUCACGUGCCGAUAACAUGUAAACAAUGUCUCCUUUCUCUUACUUUCUGUGGAGUUAACAAUGAUUUAAGUUCGUUUGUUUGCUUAUUAUGAUAUUCGCCCGGGCUUUCCUCUCAACAAUCAUGUUCCGCAUACCUGAAAUAAUAUUCAGAGACCUCGUCGAGUUUAACAUUCUGACAUUAACAACGGCAUUUUCAAAAUCUAUUAUUCAAUUAAAAUGUAAAAAAAUCCGUUUAAUCAUUGCUUGUAUUUUCUUCUUUGUUUUUAGAAUAAAUAUUUUUAACAAUACA